CUGAAAGUUACACGCAUUCCUUCGGUCUCUCGUUAAAUAAUGCAUUCAGCACAGGUGCACUGGAGCCCUUCGAUAUCAGCGCGCCGCUAUCGCCUUUGCCCAUUCCGGCGCUUCAUUAGGACGAUGGGAUCUCUGCCCGCUCCGCCGGAACCUUGAUUCUUUGUUCAAUUUCUCUUCCUCUCGGGCUGGAUGAGUGGAAUAGCCCGGGCUCAAAGCGGACCUCCAUUGCAGGGGAUACGGGGGAUAGAGUUUCCUGAACAAUGGAAACUCAAUCAGGAAAUGGAAGGCCGGUGGUCAGAGGGGCCGUGAGCUCAAACUCCACAUCCCCUUCACCUCCCUCCAGCGUCCCAGGAGCCAACGCCACCGGCACAGUGUACAAGGAGGACCUGCAGUCCAACAGGAAGAUAGAGAAGUUUGACAUCCCCUUGGACGACCUCAAGAAGAUGUUUGACAAACCCAAAGUACACGAAACGGGACCCAGAGCCGAGAGGGGUGCCCGCAGUCCCACGCCCAGAGGACCGUCAGCCGCAGACCAGAAACACCGAAAUUCAGCCCGACAGCAGAACCAGGAGCUCAGCCAGAGCGGCGUGACCAGACCCAGGACAGGGCUUCCCGAGCGAUCCGACGGACCGGAGAACGCAGCUCACGGGGAGGAGGAGGAGGCGGAGAACGUCCCCCUGAAGGAACGCGUGGCCAUGUAUCAGGCGGCCGUCUCCAAAACAGAGGCUCCCGGCUCCUCCGGCGAGGUCAUGGAAGAGGGCAAGACCUGCUCCUUGCCGGGAGGAUUCACCAGCGUGAAGAGGCAAUUUGAGAGCCAGGAAACUGCAUCUUCGCAAAGCACUGUCACCCAGUUCCAUUUCAAGCAAAGAUCCGUGCAGGAAAGCUCAUCACAGGUGAUAGGGCGGAGCAGUGGCAAAGAACUCUUCCCCUCCUCUCAGCAGGUGGCUUUCUCCAAAGACGAGAAGGCCUCACACAAUCAGAGUGUUCACCAUGGCAACGUGACCUCCAGCUAUGAAAACCAUUUUGAUGAAAUGGUCGGUGAAGACUCUGCAAAGGUUUCUACACAAGCCUUAAAGGAGCAGUUUGAAAGAACCAUUGAGGAGUCAACUCCAAAACAAAUAAAGAUCGAUCUCAGUUACAACCAGGUUCAGUGGGAUCCCGUUGUAAGUGUAAUGUCUCAAGCCUCGGUGGAAAAGAGGUGCGAACAGUCCGAGGCUAUGAAAGCGGAGGCGGGGGUCGCUGCUCCUGCAUCUGCCUACGGAGGCGCGGAGCACUUCCCUCCCCCGCCUCCUCAUUUACUGCAGGGGCCUAUGGAAGUCCCCGAGCACUGCCGCUCGCCAGAGCUCCCCGAGCCAACCUGCACUCCCAAGUACAUGAUGAACCGGGAGCAGUACUCCAAGCAGAGAAACCUCUACGAGCUCAAGCGCCUCUACAAGCACAUCCACCCGGAGGUGCGGAAGAACCUGGAGAGGGACAUCUUCAGCGAAGUGACCGACCAGAUGGAGAGUGGAGAGGAGGAGAUGGGCGACGUCCAGCAGGCCAGGUACGUGUUUGAGAACACGGGAAACAGUCCCAACAAGAGCAUGAGCCCAGAGCGGGAGUACUUGGAGUGGGACGAGAUCCUCAAGGGGGAGGUUCAGUCCAUGCGCUGGAUGUUUGAAAACAAACCACUGGAUUCAAUUAAAGAUGAAUCUCUGGAUGAGGACGACGCCAAAAACAUCGCCCAGCAGGAAAUAAUUGCGGGAAAUGACGUCAGAUACACCGCGUGGAUGUUUGAGACACAGCCGAUGGACACGAUGGGCACAGAAACUCCUGACUCCAUUAAACAGGUAAAAGGAUUUCCUGAGUUGGCAAGAGGAGACGUGCAAACUGCCACCUGGCUGUUUGAAACCCAGCCUUUAGACUCUCUCAAUAAGAUACAUCAGGAAGAAGAACAAACCCAUGAAGCGGUCUACACACAAGACAUUACCAGAGGGGACGUUAAAACUGCUAGGUACUUGUUCGAAACCCAGCACUUGGACUCUUUGGGACAUACAGAAACAAUCGAUGAAAGCCACUUCCUGAAUCUUAAAUCAGAACUGGAGGAAAUCAAAGGUGACGUUAAGACAACAACUAAGAUGUUCGAGACACAACCUAUGUGUGUUAUCAGAGGCGAAUCGGGACAGAUGCUGGAGAUCACAACUGUACGUAGAGAGGAAAUGGAGAAAGGUGAUGUCAAGACCUCACGCUGGCUCUUUGAAACUCAACCCCUGGACCUAAUCAAUAAGGAUCCCAGUGAAGUAAAGGUGAUUUGUGGUGUGUCAAUGGAGGACAACUACAAGGGUGGUGUGAACAUGGGAAGAUGGCUGUUUGAGACAAAGACUUUAGACACUAUCAAUUAUGAAGAAUGGCAAAACUCUAAGCUAGAAAAAGAAGAGAUUAUUGGUGCUGAUGUGCGAAAGUAUUGCUGGGCAUUUGAAACUCAGCCUAUGGACACUUUGAAAGACAAUGACAAUGCCAGACCAGUACCCACAGAAGAGAUUUUAGGGGGUGAUGUGCGAUCAGCAAGGCAUUUAUUUGAAACUGUUCCCAUGGAGGCAUUGAAGGAUAGCCCUGAAGUUGGUAAACUUAAAAAGGUAGUGGCAUCGGAAGAGGAAAAAGGCGAUGUGAGACAUCAGAGAUGGAGAUUUGAGAGUCAACCACUUGAAAACAUCAGAGAAGAGAAGAAGGAGUUCACACGGACAGUGGACCUACAAAAAUUUGAUAAAGGAGAUGUAACAAACUAUAAGGAAAUAUUUGAGACCAUGGACUUAAGCAGAUGUGAUGCAACUCAAAAAAUACAAGUAGAAGGCGUCACUAGCGGGUCUGUGAAAUCAAACAAGGAUCUUUUUGAGUCUACACCCAUGUAUGCUAUGCAAGACAGCUCUGGCCAUUACCAUGAGGUAAAAACAGUGCGAAGGGAAGAGAUAGUUGAAGGAGAUGUCAGAAGCUGCAAAUGGAUGUUUGAAACGAAACCUAUUGAUCAGUUUGACGAAAGCUUAAAAAAUUUCCAGAUUAUCAAGGGGAUAUCAAAACAAGAGAUUGAAUCUGGGGACGUGAAAACAGCUAAGUGGCUUUUUGAGACCCAGCCUCUCGAUUCCAUUAAAUAUUUCAGCAAUGUUGAUGAUGACCAGACUGUGACUAAGGAUGGCUUUGACAUUGUGAAAGGCGACGUCAAAACAUGCAGGUGGCUGUUUGAAACUCAGCAAAUGGAUGCACUGUAUGAUAAGGAAGAGGUGACCAAAACUGACAAUGAGGAAAUUCGCAAAGGUGAUGUGAAAACCUGCACUUGGCUGUUUGAGACACAGGCUUUGGAUACCCUCAGAGAUGAAUCCGAAACAAUCCUAAAACACUGCACAGUCCAACAGGAGGAUGUCCAAGGGAAAGACGUACGCAUGGCCCGUUUUCUUUUUGAGACCGAGAACCUCGAGAACAUCACUGGGGAAGAGAGUGGCACUUUUAAGAGGGUCACUGAGAUAGAUAUUCAAUCUGGAGAUGUAUCCAGAAUGAAGUACAUAUUUGAAAACCAGUCUUCAGAUAUAGUGACAUCAACCACAGAGGAAAUCAUGCAAAAGCUUAAAGCCACUCAGGCUGAGGACAUUCAGAAGGGCAAUGUGGUCAACUGUAAGUGGUUAUUUGAAAACCAACCGAUAGAUGCUAUUUGUGACAGUGCUGAGGAACCCAAGAACACCCGUACUGUGACAGAUGUACAAGGAGGCAAUGUUGACAAAGGACGUUUCAUUUUUGAGACCACCUCAUUGGAUAAGAUUCAGGAAGAUUCCUCUGAAACAGAAAUCGGAAGGAUUUGGACAAUUAGUCGUGAUGACAUGGAGAGGGGAGAUGUAAAAAACUACACCAUGAUGUUUGAAACACAACCGUUGUAUGCGAUCCAAGAUAAAGAGGGCCAUUAUCAUGAAGUUACUACUGUCACCAAGGAGGAAACUAUGCGAGGCGAUGUAGUGGGUGCAAGGUGGCUUUUUGAAACCAAGCCUCUCGAUUCAAUAAAGGACAGUGAGGAGGUCUAUGUUAUUAAAGCUGUCACUGAAGAGGACAUUCAGAAAGGAGAUGUGACCUCAGCCAGGUGGAGAUUUGAAACACAGCCUCUUGAUGAAAUUGCAGAGGAUGUGAAAGUCUCCAUUAAAACCAUUGAAGAUAUUCAAGGGGGAGACGUCAAAUCAAACAAACGACGUUUUGAGUCUGAUGAGCAGUCACAAAAGUACAUCCGAACAGUUAGUGUUAGCGAAAUCCAAAAGGGGGAUGUUAGGACGGCUACAUGGAUGUUUGAGACACAUAAAAUGGACAGCAUUCGGGGUGAAGGCUCAGAGUAUGAUCAGAUGGAGACAGUGACAAAGGAAGAGGUGUUGAAGGGAGAUGUUAAACAAUCAGUGUGGCUCUUUGAAAAGCAACCCCUGGAUAGCAUAAAAGAAUCAGAAAGCAAUGUGGUGAUAGCCCGAGAGGAAAUUCCACAGGGGGACGUUAAGACGACAACAUGGCUUUUUGAAACAACCCCCUUCCAUGAAUUCAAUGAAAGCAGUGUGGAGAGAACGGAAAUUGUCGGUAAAAGUAUUAAAGAAACCCUUGAAGAACUGUACUGUCAGAAAAUGGUAAAUUCACAAGGCAUACUGAUAGAGGCUGAUGAGAUUGGUGAUGUCAGAAUGGCAAAAUACAGGCUCAUGAAUCAAGACGCUCCUGAGAUUCAAAAAGAGGAAGUUAUCAGAGGGGACUUGAACAAUAUAAUGGUGAACCUUCUUAACAAACGGGAUACAACUGAAAAGGGCAUCAUUAUAGAUGAGGAGGAGAGGGGUGACAUCAACACAACAGUGAAACAGCUGUUCAACCAAGAAAUGGGUGAACGUGUGCAAAAGGAGGAAAUAAUAAGGGGUGACAUUCAGGAAGCAAUAAACAACCUAUUGAAGGAGGAGGGGUCUGCCAAACGUGGCAUUCUCAUUCAAGAGGAUGAGAAGGGAGAUGUGAGGAUGACCAUAUAUUCUCUUCUCAACCAAAGAGAGGAAAAUGGAAUUGAGAAAGAAGAUGUUGUCAGAGGGAAUGUGAAACGUACCCUCAACAGACUUCUUUCCAAUCCAGGUAGUCCUGAACUGUCAGCAAAGAUAAAAGUGAGUGAUACAGAGAGGGGGAAUGUUAGCUUUUACUCAACCUGUAUAGAGUCUGGAGCGUUGGACUAUCUCAAACAACUUCAAUCUGAGGCAGAGGAGACUCUCCCGGAAAAAGAAGAGAAAGAGGAGAUUAUUGGUGGUGACAUCGCUGGGACAAAACUCAUCCUGAGAAGGAAUCAAACUCAAAUUGAACGUACAGUUACUACGGAUGACAUUGUCCCUGGCAAUGUGCACAGUACAGUCAAGGUUUUCAUGACUCAGCCCGUGAUUACCCUCAACAGCCAGCAGAAAGAGGAGAUAGUGAAGGGGGAUUUGAGAGCAGCUCUAAAUUCACUGACACAGGCCAUAAACCAGACGGUGCUGGUUGACAAAGAGGAGGUGGUCAAAGGCGAUAUACCGACAGCCUUGAAGUCACUAAAGGAUGCUCAGAAUCAGUUAAAGGAAAUUGAAAAGCCAGAUAUCGUCCCCGGUGAUAUCAGAGGAGCACUGGAGUCUCUGGAAAAAUCAGCAACCAAUAAGGCUGAAAUCAUCAUAGAAGAUCUAGUGCCCGGUGACAUCAAAAGCACUCUAAAAUCACUGGAAAUUGCAAAGCAUGUGGUGAGAGAUGUGGAGAAAGAGGAAAUUGUUAAAGGCGAUGUUAAAACCGCAAUGCAGUGUUUGAGAGAGGCGUCUAAUGAGAAGAAGUUCUAUCAGCAGGAAGAGACUGUGCAAGGGAAUGUGAAAGGCGCUAUACAACAGUUGCUGGAACUGCCUGCUUCCCCAAAAAUGCAACGCAGACCUAGUACGGAAGGAGAUGUGAAAAAUUCCAUAAAAGCACUGUACAGUAUGCAAGAGCAAACUCCAGUUGAGAAAGAAGAGGUUAUAAAAGGUGAUGUUCGAGGCACAAUAAAAAGCCUGCUACAGGAGACACAGCACAAUAGAGUCAAAAGCAGGAUUGAUCAUUCUAGGAGAGUCAAAGUGCCAAGGAAAACUCCAUUACUUUCCCAGCAAGAGAUCCACGAAUGCUCAAUUUUGACUAAACCAGAGGGUGAGAUGGCAAAUCCGGUCCCUGCAGUUAAAAAUCUGUCCCAAAGUGUUGAAUCACAGAGCAGUGAACAAAAGCACACAAUCAUUAAAUCAGUCAAAAGCCAGUCUUUAACCCAGGAGGAACAUUCGCUGACAACACAAUCCACGGCGAUCAAUAUUUCUCAUACUUCACCCCAGCUUAAUGUUAAAGAACAACCUGUGAAACAGAAAUUGCCAACCCCCGGAUCCGUGAUCAUAAAGAAGAAAAAUGUGACCAGUCCGACAACUGACAGUGCGAUGGCUUCAGGGGCGAACGUGAUCAAAAUCCAAUCAGCUAGUACAAGCACAAGUACGGAGCACACACAGCAAAUUAAAACAGUGAAACAGGUGCAGACAGUCACUGAACACAAAACCGUCAGGGAAAAGCAUGACGUCAAGUUCCGCAACCUCAACACAGGUAGAAAGGGCCUCAUCACACUAGAUAAAAAGAAACUGAAACAAGACUUACCACCACCACCCCCUCCACCUCCAUUAUCUGAGUCUGAGUUUCCCCUUCCACCCCCACCUCCACCACUUUUAGAAUCUGAAAAUCCAACUCACCCUGAACUUGUUAUGAGGCAGGAUAGUGACCUUCCUCCUCCUCCACCACCGGUUGAAUCGAUAUCUGAGCCUGAUCAUUUCCCUCCUCCCCCACCUCCCCCUGUACCUGCACUGGCCGCACAAGACUGUCUACCACCCCCACCUCCUGAACAAGAAUUGUGCUCCCUACCAUCUCAAGCACCUCUGUCCCCUCCAAAGGAUAAGAAAAUGCCAGUGGUCUCCCCAAGGAAAAUGCAAUCUGGAAUCCCACUGCCAAAACCACUGCCAGAAGAAGGUCCUCGUCCACCAAGGAAGGUUUUUAUCCCACCUGUAAAACUACCUCCCCCACCUGUGGAGGAUAAACCCACCAAACCAAAACCAUACAUAAGGAAAUUCAAAACCCCACUAAUGCUGGCUGAGGAAAGGUACCGGAAACAGAAAGAAGAAAGUGAGAAAAACAAAGGGGUCAUAACACCCCUUUCUCCUUUUGUUAAAGAAUGUGCCCAAACCAAAGUUGUUCUUGAAAAGGAUACCACAGGGAGCAUAACUAAGGAGGAAUCAGAAAAGAACAUCACUUCUAAUGUAAUUCAAGAGGAAACAGAGAAGACUCUCACUGAACCCAAACCAGAACCAACUAAACCAAAUGAACAGCACAUUACCUCUACUCAGAAUCCUACACAGCAUACCACAUCCAUUUCUGCCAAGAAGCUUCAAACUGUCUCUUCUGGUGAACAAGUGGUAACCUCAGAUUCUUCUUCUACUGCUAUCAAAGAGGAUGUACAAGCCAACUGUGCCUUUGAAGAGGUUGCUGCAGGGAGAAUUACGAAGGAGCACUCAGAAAUGAAUGUCACAUCUGAUAUAGUUCAAGAGAAAACACAAAAGAUGGUGACUAAACACAAACCAAAAUCAAUACUGCACAGUUCUUCCAUACAUACAGUGCCUUCACACAUCCCCCUAAGCAAACCUUUGAUCUCGACUGAAAAUCUGAAAUCUGCUGAGAUGUCCUCAAAUAAAGCACACACUUCUAAUCAGAAUUCUUUAACCACCUCUGCUGCACAUCACACCACAUCUGUUUCCUCCACGAGGCAAGAAACUGUCUCUUCCAGUGAGCAACUGGUGACCUCGGUUUCAUCCUCUCAGUCUCACUCUACUGUGCACGUUGAAGAACAGUCCUCUACCAGUGUUGCUGUAACCACUUCUGAGCAUCUUGAAAAAGUUGAGAAAAUCAGUUCAAACAAUGACAUAUCUAUUGCUUCUCUAAAAACUAAAGAUUCCAGGGGUCAUGAGAGCUCUAUAGUGCAGGAAAUAGGGAAAACUCCUCUUCAAGCAACCAGAAUUCCAAAAAUAAAUCCUUCUUUCAAGGUCAAAACACCCAAGAUGCCAAAAGUUGAAAAGACAGAUGAAAUCGGUGAAAACAAGGAACACGGGGUAGAAAACCAAGUUUCUCUUGCAAACACACAGCUGCUGAGUCCAGCUAUGGGGGGAAAUGUGGAGGAGGAGCGCAUCAAGGUGGAUCAUGAAAACACCAAAAAGACAACGAGCAGUGAAGUGAAACACACAGAAAUCCAACUCAAAACAGAAAUAGUGCAAGAGCAAAAGCCUAAAGAGAAGGCUUCUGUGUCCAAGGUAGACAAUGUGGAAAAUCCAACAAAAAAAUCUAAACGGAAAUCAAAGAAGGAUAAGGAGAUGAGGCAGCAGACGCAAGAAAGACUCUCCAAGGAGACAAUUUCAUCUGCUUCAGAGCAGGUAACUCGUCUGCAGGAGGAAACAAGGGCAGUGAAGACUGAGGCCCUUCGGGAAGAGCACGUCCAGGUCAAAGAAGAAAUCACCAUUACUGAAAGUACAGUUAAGCAAAGUUUCCAGCAACAGGUCAACACCAGUCAGUUUCAGAAGCAGACUAAGUCUUCUAAAAAACAGAAAGGACAAACAAGCAAACAAAAUGUUCAAGAGAAAAUAAAAGAUGAGAACAGGGACUUACCUGUCAAACUGACAGAUGACCGAGCUGAACAAGAGAUAGCCACUCAGCCUACCACAGCCAUGGCAGAGGUUUCACAAAGGCGUAAAGAAGUCAAAAAGCUACUAACUCACAUUAAAGAGUUGCAGAGUGCUUCAGGAAAGACAACCUCAGCAUCUGUGAAGAGAGUGCUGAACAAUGUUCCUGAGUGGUUGAUUGGAUUGGAGGAAAAGAGGGAUUUAGAGGAAGUAGCAGUUGAGCACAAUAUGCAGAGGCUAAAAGAGAUUAUUGCAUAUGUAAGAAAUUUAGCACAAGCUAAACUACUGUAUUUAGAUGAGAACAUUGCUGCCAUUGAAAAGCAUGAAAGCGAAAUCGGUCAAUCUGAAAAGAAAGUUGUCGGUGGGGUAAAGCAAAAAAUAUCUAAAACAAGCUCUGGCUCCAGUAAACACAAAAGCAAGAAGCAUUCCUUGAGUGAGGAAAAAUCAGAUGAGGCCAGAACACCGUCUCCCUCACUAGAAGCAAAAUCUCCCUGCAAGACUGACAGGGACACAUCCCAGGCAAACAAGGAUCUGUCUUUGUCCACAUUUAAUCAAUCUGACGAGGCAGCUAAGACAACCGAUGCCUCAGUUCAGAGCCCCCAAGGAGAGUCCUCCCAUGCUUUAACCCCACAACCUACAGAGGAAACUGAGAAAAUAUGUGAGAUUGCAGAAUGUCCACAAAUGAUUCAUGAAGAAACUGACCUAUCAGAGAAGCCUGUUGUGACUGGUUCAGUGAAACACAAGAAAGUGUUCUUUGAAGAAGCACAAAAGGCAGAGGUAAACAGGACUUAUAUACGGAAGGAUCCCAUUGAUAUCCCAGAGCGAUUGGGUCUAGACAUGGAGGAACCUGAGCCUGAAGACCAAGAGAAAGAGUUUGAGGAACCUCCAUGGGUUGACCUCUUAGGACUUGUUAACAAAUUUGAAUCAUCAGCGCAACCGCCGGUGAUAAACAAGAGCCAUGCACGCAAGGAUCCCAUUGAUAUUCCAGAGCGGCUGGGUCCAGACUCUGAGGAGUCUGAAACAGAAACCAAAACAGACAAAGAACAGGAGGAGCUUCCAAGAGUUGACCUGUUCGGGCUCGUUAACAAAUUUGAAUCACCGGCCCAAAUUUCAGAAGUGAACAGGGCCGACAUACAUAAGGAUCCUAUUAAUAUCCCAGAGCGGUUAGGUUUUGAGGGGUUUGAUACUGAGAGCUCAGACAAAGAACGUGAGGAUGUUGCGAGAGUUGACCUGCUUGAUCUCGUCAACAAGUUUGAAUCACCUGCUCAAAUGUCAGAAGUAAACAAGAGCUAUGCAUGGAAUGAUCCUACUGAUAUCCCAGAGCACUUGGGUCCAGAAAUGGAGGGCUCUGAAAAAGAAAAAAACCCAGAAAAAGAGCAGGAGGAGCUUCCAAGGGUUGACCUUCUGGGACUCGUUAACAAAUUUGAAUCACCAGAACAGAAGGUUUAUGUCAGAAAGGAGCCAAUUAUGAUACCUGAGAGACUUGGGAGUGACACAGAAGAUGCAGAAUCUGAAGGAGAAAAACAAUUAACUGAAAUAGAAGAAAUUCCAUCUUUUGACAUUAAGGCUAUUAAAACAUUCUUCGAAGAGACUGAUCAAAGUGUUCACAUCAAGGAACAAAACAUUAAGCAAGGGAAGCAUGAUUGGAAGGUGGGUGAAAUCAUGAAGGAUGGCUCUCCACUGCCUGUUCAAAUGGACAUUAUGCCUGGGGAUUCCUCCGAACCAGUGGGGUUUUCUGAAACUAAGUCUGUCACUGAGCACUUCUCAGGUGUUGAUGAAUUUGGCAACAAGAUAAGCGGAUCAAGAAGCGCAACAACAGUCUCCCAGCACUCAGAGAGCGACGCAACUCGGCAGGGCCUUCCGUCAUACGCAGACAUAGUGAAAAGGAAGAUUUCAGAGUGCGAAGAUGCUGCCACAGCCUCUCGCGAGGAACUGCCAAAGAACUUCCAGAAGACUUGUACGGAGAGUGAGAGUGUAUUCACAAGUCUGAAGUACGGCAGCUCAGAGGAAAGGACAUCAGAGAUGGUGUCACGCAAGGAAGAGACUGUCAUAUCUGAAAGUUCGAGUUCCCGAGUCAGAACUGUGCAGGGUGUGUCGGAAGAGGGUCUAUCCGAUGGAGUCUGUGAUUGCGGACAAACAGAAUUUCCAUAAAUCCUGUUUUCGCUGUGAGCACUGCAGUAGUAAAUUAAGCCUUGCCAACUACGCAUCCCUCCAUGGACGUACAUACUGCAAGCCACAUUACAAACAACUUUUGAAGUCCAAAGGAAAUUAUGACGAGGGAUUUGAACAGAAACCGUACAAGGACUUACGGAAAUCUAAGAAUCCAAAU